UUUCACUCACUAGCAGGUGGCCCCGCCAUCCUUUCGGCCCCACCCGCCAUUCUCUGUAGUCUGUGCUCCCGGCGCACGCGUCCGUCCGCCUUGCCGUUUGAGCACUCGAAGCUCGCCAUUACGGCACCGCAUCGCGCACUCGUGCCCCCCGACUACUUCGAUUCGGGCGCGUCGUGCGGGCGAGCUCUGCUAGUGGCUAGAUCUCGGAGGAGAGGGAGGCCGAGGCGCGGGUGGCGACAUUUGGUCGAGCGGAGCACGAUGAGGGCCCGGCGGGUUGCGGCGUUUGGGGCGGCGGCACUGCUUGUCCUGGCGCUGGCGGUGUCGGCGGCGAGGCUGGACUUGGACGACGACGGCGACGACUCGGACGUGCUGGACGAGCUGCUGGCCAUCGACGAGGAGGCGGAGCGGGGCGGGCUGGAGGCGGACGGCGGGGGCGCGGCGGAGGCGGUGCGGCGGGCGCAGUCGAUGGUGCUGGUGCUCGACAACGACAAUGCGCGGCGCGCCGUGGAGGACCACGCGGAGCUGCUGCUCCUGGGGUACGCUCCCUGGUGCGAGCGCAGCGCGCAGCUCAUGCCCCGGUUCGCCGAGGCCGCCGCGGCGCUGCGCGCGAUGGGCAGCGCCGUCGCAUUCGCCAAGCUCGACGGGGACCGGUACCCCAAGGCUGCGGCCGCCGUCGGGGUCAAUGGGUUCCCCACCAUGCUCCUUUUCGUCAACGGCACCGAGCACGCCUACACUGGCCUCCACACCAAGGACGCGAUUGUUACUUGGGUAAGAAAGAAGACUGGUGCGCCGGUCAUCAGGCUUCAGUCGAGGGAUUCGGCUGAGGAGUUCAUGAAAAAGGACCAGACUUUUGUUAUUGGUCUAUUUAAGAAUUUUGAGGGAGCAGAAUACGGAGAAUUUGUGAAGGCAGCAACCACAGAUAAUGAAGUACAGUUUGUAGAAACCAAUGAUAGGAGUGUUGCCAAAAUUCUUUUUCCAGGUAUUACAUCUGACGAGCAACUCCUGGGCCUUGUUAAAAGCGAACCCGAGAAGUUUGAAAAGUUCUAUGGGGCAUUUGAAGAAAAGGCAAUUUUGCGGUUUGUGGAGCUAAACAAGUUCCCCCUAAUUACUGUAUUCACUGAGCUCAAUUCGGGUAAAGUCUAUUCAAGCCCUAUUAAGCUGCAGGUCUUCACCUUUUCAGAGGCUUAUGAUUUUGAAGAUCUUGAAUCUAUGCUUGAAGAAAUUGCCAGAGCAUUCAAGACAAAGAUAAUGUUUAUAUAUGUGGACACUGCUGAAGAAAACCUUGCAAAACCAUUCCUCACUCUUUAUGGCCUUGAAUCGGAAAAGAAGCCUACUGUUACAGCAUUUGAUACAAGCAAUGGAGCCAAAUAUCUGAUGGAGGCAGAUAUUAACACAAAGAACCUACGGGAGUUCUGCUUAGGUCUUCUGGAUGGCACACUCCCUCCGUACCACAAAUCAGAACCAGUGCCGCAAGAAAAGGGACUUGUUGAAAAGGUUGUUGGGCGUACAUUUGAUUCCUCUGUGCUGGAAAGUCCUGAAAACAUCUUCCUUGAGGUUUAUACACCUUGGUGUGUUGACUGUGAAGCGAUAAGUAAAAAUGUCGAGAAGUUGGCCAAGCAAUUCAGUGGUUUGGACAGCCUUAAAUUUGCACGCAUAGAUGCUUCUGUGAAUGAACAUCCCAAAUUGCAGGUAAACAAUUACCCAACACUCUUCCUUUAUUCUGCUGAAGACAAAAGCAAGCCGAUCAAGAUUUCGAAGAAAUCAAGUGUCAAGGACAUGUCGAAACUCAUCAAGGAGAAGCUGCAAAUUUCAGACGUAGAAACAGUAGCGGCUACUGACAAUGCCCCAGCUGCCGACAGUGUCAAGGAUGAGCUAUAGCCUAUAUCAGAUUGUUCCCAGAUCUUUCGAGGAUGCUGGGGUCCAGGUGGAGGAAAUUACAGCAUGUUUGCGUUUCUAGAAUGUGAUAACAGAACUUGCAUGGUUCGGCGGUUGUAACUUAAGGUGACGAGGAAAUAGAAUAGGUAAAGAUCAAAAGGACAUGUAAAUCAGAUUCAAUGGCUUUCAUAUAUGGAUCUCUCGGGUUUUACUAACAACUUCCAAGGGCAAAUUCAACGAUUUUUUUUUCUU